CUGUAAUCAUCAUCAUCAUCCCUGACGGAGAAAAACAAAAACUCGAUCCAUCGUCCUCACCACCACCACCUGAGUGAAGAAGGAAGAAGGAAAAAAAAAGAAACAGAGGUGGCCAGUCGGUUUGGUUUGGCCUGGUUUUGAUUGGUUGGUGCGUGCCGGUAAGGGGGUAACACGUGGCCCCUAGGCGCCAGCCAGCCAAGACCUGGAACGGAACCAGGCUAAGCCGAGCCAUGUCUUCUGUUCAUUACAAAUUCAAGAGCUGUCUCAAUUAUGACACGGUCACCUUCGACGGCCUGCACAUAUCCCUGGCCGAUCUCAAGAAGGCCAUUAUCCAACAGAAGAAGCUGGGCAAGUCGGUGGAGUUCGAUCUACAGAUCACCAACGCCCAAAGCAACGAACGUUACGUUUGUGAUGAUGCUCUCAUACCGAAGAAUGCGUCUGUCAUUGUUACCAGAGUUCCAGUGAAUGAGCCACAACGGUCACAAAUGAGAACAUGGCUACCACGAAGUGAUGACUACCGUAAAAGUCCAAACAACCAAGACUUCAUGCAUGACCGCCUCAGUCAGACACCAGAUCUCGCCAAUGCUGAUGCAUCUGAGAAUGACAAGAUUGAAGCAAUGCUGGCACAGUCCAAGUUUUUUGACCCUUUGAGUUACAGUAAGGGCAAGGCUUUGUCAGGUACACCCCCUCUUGGUUAUGUAUGUUUCAAAUGUGGUAAACCGGGCCACUAUAUCUACUCCUGUUCCCUGAAAGGGGUAAGUAUUUUGUCACCCUCUUGUUUGUUUUUAUUGUCCUCAAUGUUAAGGCUGCAAGCUUGCAGAAUUGUUAGCAUGCCGGGCAAAAUGCUUUGUGUUAUUUCGUUCGUGUUUAUGUUGUGAGUUCAAAUUCUACCAAGGUCAACUUUGCUUUUGGGGGUCA